AUCCUCUCUCAUCUUCUUCUUCGUCUCUUUUUAUAUAAUACGACUAAACAUCUCCUCUCUUCCUUUCCUCUCGUCUUUCUUCUGCAUCCAUACACACCAACUUUACUUCCGUGUUUGAGUCUAUCUCUCUCUCUCGAUCUCUGUAUAAUUCGAUUUGGGGAGAGGUCUUUGAGGCAAAGCUGCUUCUAUGCCAUAUUGUAGAGAAAAUGGGAGAGUCUAAGGGGUAUGGGAAAGGAGGACGAGUGAUUCCAAAUGUUAUGUCUUCUUACAACGUCUCUCUUCAGUUGUCUCCAGUUGUUUCUUUUUGGGAUUGUAUUGUCCGCACCAUGAGGUAUUCCUAUAUACCUGAGUGGGUGUAGUAGUAGUUCUCGACUUCCUUCCACCACAGCAGCGAGUUUUAGUUCAGUUAUUUUUAGUUAAAAGAGUUAUAUAUAGUAAGCUAGUAUGGAUCACGCGGUGUGCAAGCAAGUUCAGCCAUUAGCUAGGAAAGGGAAGAGCAAGAAACAUAAUGGUAAAGAUGAGUUCGAUCGUGUCAAACAAGCUGAGAAGAAGAAGAGACGUCUCGAGAAAGCUCUGGCUAAUUCUGCAGCCAUCAGGGCUGAGCUGGAAAAGAAGAAGCAGAGGAAACUUGAAGAGCAGCAGAGGUUAGAUGAAGAAGGUGCUGCAAUAGCAGAAGCUGUUGCUCUGCACGUCCUACUGGGCGAAGAUUCUGAUGACUCAUCUCGAGUCAUGCUUGGCCAAGAAAAGGGUUGUUUCAAGAUGGAUCUGUUUAGAGGUGAAAACUACGUUCCUCGCCAGAGCUGCGCUAGCUAUGCGGUUCAAGGGAUUGGGUUUGUGUCCAACGGUUACGGACUAGGAGAGAGUAACUGGUCACCCUUCAUGAGGGAGUCUUGGGAUAGCAACAUGGGAGUAUCAGCUGAUCUGAUCGCUGCUCAGGCUGUCUCAUCACUAAGGAUAUCUGAAAACACUGACAGGAAUGCCUUUGUGCUUAAGGGGAUGUUCAGGGGAUGACAAAUCGCCAUGAUUUCCAGAUUUGAUUGCUAAAGUCAGCAUUGUUAUUAUAUAAGUUGGGAAUAAAUGUUGUUUUAUUUUGGUGUGAGAUUGCUGUGUUGUUUUUUUCUUCACUAAACGCUAGAUUUAUACUUUGUUUUCUUUCCUUCCCCUGCAAUAUUAUGGACGCAUUGCGAGUUGUGUUUGUUAUACAUGUUGAAAACUCAUCUUCGUAUGUGUAUUGAAGCUAUUUUCUUAAUGAAAACUUUGAAAGAUA